AUGAUGAACCAAUCCGGCGCCAAGUCUGAUGUCGAUGCAGCACGACGGCAUUGGAAGGGGCUUGGCCAGAACCAGUUCAAUUUUGCGAGUAAUGGUGCUCAACCAGCAGUAAAAUUGGCCGCUAAGAGCUCAAACACAAUCCAUUCGCAGUCAAUGUCACCCGAAGGCAUUCGUAUGACAUUUGAUGGAGGCGGCGCCACAAAUUUCUCGAUCAUGUCGGCGAACGACAAGACGGUGACUACAGCUCCGAUGGCCGCCGGGAUAUCCAGCUCACAAACUGCUACACCAACAUCUCAUAUCUCUGCAGCACAGUUUGCAGCAAGUACGGGUGGAUUGUCCAUGAAUACGGUACUUCUGGCGCGGGUGAGUGGCACGGACCCGUCACUUGUGGGCUCAGAGGAGAUCAAACAGAUUAUACGCACCCCCGACCUGCUGUCCAUAUAUCAAAAGCUGCAAGAAGAGGACGAUCGUCGGCAACGACGCCUGGAACGUAAUCGAGCAUCGGCACGAGUGCGACGCGAGAAAAAGAAGGGUAUGGUGGAAACAUACGAGGCAGAAGUAUCCAAGCUCGAGAGCUCACUCAGUAUGCUUAGAAAUCACAAGUUUGGCACAGGCAAUGGAAAAGACUUGACAAUUGCGUUAGAAAAUAGCUCGGGUGAACAUUUUCGUCAUGCACAAAUGUCAAAGGAUGCUAAGAUGGAAUUAAUGGCGCGAAUUCUUGGUCAUCACUCACGCAAUACGGAUGCAAUCCGUCGAUCGAAUGCUGAAAAUCAAGCUUUGAUUGCAGUGGCUAUCGACGAUUCGGAGUUUUCGCGGUCUUUGCGUUCGCAGCUUGGGCUUACCCCCGAACAAUGCCAAGAACUGGCCAGCCUAGCAAUACCAACUAGCAAAGAAUCGCGCAAGCUAGAUGCUAUACGGAAAUGUUUUUCUGCGCUUCGAGCACACGAUUGGCUAUACGUACCUGGCAUUGAGUCAAUCAUACAUCAGUCGCGAAAUACGAUGACUCCAUACCAAUUCCAAAAGUUUCUCUCCUGGUCCGUAGAGAAUUGUUCUACGAUUGAACGUCUACAGUUUGUGCCCACACCAUCUGCGUCAGAGUUGGAGAAGGAUCUCAAAUUUAUUUUUUCAGAUGACUACAUGUAA